ACCCACUGUUCAACUUUUUCUCGAGCUUCUCACUUUCGGUGCAGAACGCGUUUCGUCCGGACGUGCGUCCCGUGUGUGUUUGUUCCGUGGCUCCGUGGGGAACCGUGUUUUCCCCGGUCAAGUUGGUUCGCGAUCGUCGUCUUCGUCGGUUUUAAAGUGCGUGUGGACUUCCGGAAUGUUGACGUCAGGAGACUUCAAGGGCAGUGCUUGAAGCUGUUCCGGUGACUUCCGACAGGACUCUUGGCCAAGGGGCAGAAGGAGCUCGUGAAGGGGGAAAACAGUUUGACGUUUUGUCAGAGGAGAGGUUUUUUUUGGGGGCUUUGUGACGGAUGAACCUGUUUUGCUGCGGGAUCGAUCCAAGUUGGCCAGGAAGCACGAAGGAUUCUUCCGGGGGAAGCUUCAGAGCGAGGAAGAAUUUGGCCUGCUGUGCUAAUGUUUUGCUGUGAGCUGUCAGAAAACAUCGGGGCGCUCUUCGAUUGCCAAAAUAAUUAGCAACAUUGAAGAGAAUCGUGCUAAACAAGAUUGUUUGAGAAGAAAAUCAGCAUGUUUUGGUCCCAGAAAAGUAAAAAUUAACACCCAAAUUCCACUGCAUCAAGCGCAAUUAAUCCGACGGCUGUAAAACAAGAUUUUUGUGCGGUUUCCGCGGCGCAUUCGAGCAAAGAGUUGUGUGCAAAUUUCAACAAAGAGAAGAAUCACACACCAAAAAAUCGCUCAAAAUGUCUGUUUUGUGUUUUUCGCGAGGUGCUGAUGAAUGAGAAGAAGCCGAAAUAAAGCAAAAAAAAAAAAGUCAAAUAAAAAUAGUGAUGCUCAAAAGUGUUGCUGUUUUGUGUUGUGUUGUGUGAGCAUAACACAUAAUCCGAAUCUGAUUUAAAGCAGGAAAGCAAAGAGAGUGCGUGGUGUUUGUGUGCUGCUGGGAGGAGGGAGCAAGUGAGACGGCGAUACGUAAACAAACGCACGGGGAAAAAUAACGCCGCAGAUUCGGAGCUCUGGACCCGGUUGGACAUUCUGGAAGCAAGCAACGAAAUCGCAGCAGCAUCGAUUUCUGACAGGUCGAUCGCGAGAGAGAGAGAAUUUUUUGUUUGUUUUCUUGCUGCUUUGCACUGAUCGCACUGAGUCAGAUCAAACUUGUUGGAGCAGGAUUGGCGUCGACUGUUCAUUCUGGAUAAAUUCGUAGAAUUCGCAACAAUUAGAGAAUGAUGAUGAACGCGAGUUGUGCCGGAGAGUAAAGUGCCAUGUCCAAAAAAGAAGCUUCCACAUCGAUAUCGAAUCGCCGCCAAAAAGCUCGCGCCAACAAUGAUGGUCCGGCGGAUUUUGGACUGACGUCGAACUGACGAUCAUGGGCAGUGGAGUCUGGCCGUGUAGGAUGAUUUUAUAGCCUCGUGGGGCGAAGUUUCGGUGGCACGUGAUUUGAGAUUCGAUUAGUGUGGAACGCGAUAAAAACAAACUUAAAGUGAUUUUAAGGUGAAUAAUUAUUUCCAGUUUAUGGCAAAAGUUUGGAUCGGUAAAUUGAAUUAGCAUUGAUCGGAGGAAGCAGUUUGGCGCCAACAUUGAGGCAUCUACGCAAGGGAAGGUGAUGUCAUCAGAAAGAUUUCAUCGGAGCUGGUGUUGAAAAGGACUCGCCCCUCGCAGGACCAUCCAACGCGCGCGUGCAGCGCAGAAUGUAAUCCGAAAUUACAUCACGUUCGUCGGAUUAAUCAUCGGCUUGCCAGUUUCGUUUUGGCAAGAAGCGAAAAAACUCUCUGCCCGAAAAGCAAGAACCGCUGCCAGUGUGAGUUCUCCAAUCUCGCACACGCACACACACCAUGAAAGGAUCCGACUCCACGACGAAACUAUGGAGCGGCUCGUCCUCGCCAUCGGCCAGCAGUCACGAUCUGACAACCGGCCACUUUCCCCACCAGCAGAAGUCGUCCGGCAUGGCCAUGAGCACGCUCAACCGGCACAGUUCGGAGACGGGUUCGACGGUGCAUCUGCUCGGAGCCACCAGCGACACUCCGGGCCCCGGCGGGGGAGGCGGGGGUCUAAAGCUGACGGCCGGCAGCUCUUUGACUUCAGCUGACAGAAGCAACCACAAUGGUGGCGUCGGGUACUCCUCGACGUCGUGCACGAUUCCCGGAUUCAACGGAGAACCAGCCAAUGUAAAUAGUAGUAUCGGUAGCAGUAGCAGUAAGGGCAAUUACUUUGGAAGUUCCGGCUGUGGCCAACAUCAGUACCAGCAGUACCACCACCACCAUCACCACCCCAGCAGUAGCGGAAGUAGCAGUGGGUCGUCGUCGAGUGGGCCCGGAAGUGCAAACAUUUUCGCUCGGUGCUGCAUCUACCUGACCAAGGGACUGAACCUGCGGAUAUGUGCCGUCGCGCUAGUGAUAGUUACGAUAUUCUCCAUGCUGUAUUAUAACUACUAUAUGGAUAGUUCGCCGAUAGCUAGUUUUAUGCACCGUGAUACCCGACCUGCCCCGCUCAUCCACUGCCGGAUGCUGAGCAACGGAAAACCCGUGGAACCGUCCCCGGCGCCCGACCACCGGUCCGAGGCCCGGCUCCGGAUCGACCCCAAGGUGCUGGUCUUUGUCGAGACGACCUACUCCCGGCUGGGCCGGGACAUUGCCGAGCUGCUCGUGUACAACCGGAUCAAAUAUAAAAUCGAGGUGGCCGGCAAAAAUGUCCCGGUUCUCACGAUCCAAGACAAGGGUCGGUACGGUGUUAUUGUGUUCGAAAAUUUGGAAAAGUACCUGCAAAUGGACAACUGGAACCGGCAGCUGCUGGACAAGUACUGUCGGGACUAUUCGGUGGGAAUUAUCGGCUUUGUGGCGCCCAGCGAGGAAACCCUGGUUGGGGCCCAACUCCGAGGGUUCCCACUGUACGUGCAUACGAACCUGAGACUGAGGGACGCCAGUUUGAACCCGGGAUCGCCGGUACUGCGGUUAACCCGGGCCGGGGAUACCGCGUGGGGACCACUGCCGGGGGGAGAUUGGGCCAUAUUUCAGCACAACCACAGUAGCUAUGAACCGCUGGAGUGGGCGCAACGGAACAACCAGGACUACCCGACGGAUGGGCUGAUACAGCCACCGUUGGCCACGGUCAUUCAGGAUCACGGAAGGGUUGACGGAAUUCAGCGGGUGCUGUUCGGUUCUGGAUUGAGGUUUUGGUUGCAUCGAUUGCUGUUUUUGGACGCGUUGUCCUACCUUAGCCACGGUCAAUUGAGCCUAAACUUGGAGCGAAGGAUUCUGAUUGACGUCGACGACAUUUUCGUUGGAGAGAAGGGAACCCGACUGAAACCGGACGAUGUUCACGCGCUGAUUGCGACCCAGAACCGGAUAGCGGGGUUGGUUCCCGGAUUCCGGUUCAACCUUGGUUUCUCCGGCAAGUACUUCCACCACGGAACGCACGAAGAAAAUCUCGGCGACGACAUGCUGCUCCGUAACGUUGAUCAGUUCAACUGGUUCUCGCACAUGUGGAACCACCAACAGCCGCAUCUCUACGACAACCUCACCACCCUCAUGAACGACAUGAUCCUGAACAAAGACUUUGCCAACGAAAAGGGCAUCCCAACGGACUCCGGCUACUCGGUCUCACCACAUCACUCGGGCGUCUAUCCCGCCCACGAACUCCUCUACAUGGCCUGGAAAAAGGUCUGGAACAUCCGGGUCACGUCCACCGAAGAGUACCCACACCUUAGACCAGCCCGUCUCCGCCGUGGCUUCAUCCAUCGCAACAUCAUGGUCCUCCCCCGACAAACCUGCGGCCUCUUCACCCACACCAUGUACAUCGACCGCUACCCCGGCGGACGCGACAAACUCGACGAAUCCAUCCAGGGCGGAGAACUCUUCCAAACCAUCGUCUACAACCCGAUCAACAUCUUCAUGACGCACAUGUCCAACUACGGCAGCGAUCGCCUUGCCCUGUACACCUUCGAAUCCGUCAUCAAAUUCCUACGCUGCUGGACCAACCUCAAACUGACCUCCGCCCCUCCCCUCCUCCUCGGCGAAACCUACUUCAAGCUCCACCCGGACGAAACCGACCCCGUCUGGGGCAAUCCGUGCGACGACCAGCGCCACAUCAAAAUCUGGUCCCGCAACAAAAGCUGCGACACACUGCCCAAAUUCCUCGUGAUCGGACCGCAGAAAACCGGAACCACCGCCCUGUACACCUUCCUCAGCCUGCACCCGUCGGUCGCGAGCAACCUGCCCAACCCGGACACCUUCGAGGAGAUUCAAUUCUUCAACGGGAACAACUACUACCGCGGCCUCGACUGGUACCAGAACUUUUUCCCCGUGCAGCCGAACGGAACCGGCGGCCGGUACAUGUUCGAGAAGUCGGCCACGUACUUUGACGGGGAGUUGGUGCCGAAGCGGGCGCACGCCCUGUUGCCGCACGCCAAGCUGGUCACGAUACUGAUUUCGCCGGCGAAGCGAGCCUACUCCUGGUACCAGCACAUCAAGGCGCACGGCGACCCGAUCGCGAACAAUUACAGCUUCUUUCAGGUCAUCAUGGCGAGUGACUCGGCCCCGAAACCGCUGCGCGACCUGCGCAACCGGUGCCUCAACCCGGGCAAGUACGCCCAGCACCUGGAGCGGUGGCUCGCGUACUACCCCCAGCAGCAGCUGCAGAUCAUCGACGGCGAGCAGCUCAAGUCGAACCCGGUCGAGGUGAUGAUGGAGCUGCAGCGCUUCCUGAAGCUGUCGCCCACGUUCGACUACAGCGAGCACCUGCGGUUCGACAACAAGAAGGGAUUCUACUGCCAGAUCGUGAACGAGAACAAGAACAAGUGUUUGGGCAAGUCGAAGGGCCGCCAGUAUCCGCCCAUGGACGAGAAGAGCGCCAAGUGGUUGCAGAGGUACUACCAAAACCACAACAGCGCACUCAACAAGCUGCUGAAGAAGCUCGGCUCGCGGCCAAUCCCCCAGUGGCUUAAGGACGACCUCUCGACGACUUCAUAACAUCAGCGGCAGCAGCAACAGCAACUUCAGCAGCAGAACCAGCAGCAGCAGCAACCGAUUAUUCAAUGCAUUCAACGAUAGUCAAUAGUUACGAUGGCAGCAGCAGCAAAUUUAGGCUUAAGGCUCAAAGUCAGUCCCCGCGGUGUACAAAUUGUAAGGAGAAGAAGUAGUUUUACCCACUGAAAAUACGCAUGCAUUGUGAAUAGUCCACACACAAAACACCUUUUCGAUGGUUUGGAAAGGUUAAGAAUGUGAGCGAGAGAAAGUGAGAGAGAUCGAGCGCGCCAGUCUAUAAAUUCAUUUUUCUUUUAACUCUAAAUGUAUUUACUUUUAAAGU